AUGUUCGACGGAUUAGAUGAAAGUAAUAGCUUAGAAAGUAAAACAGCAGGUGAUACGCCAGAUUUUGAAGUUCAAUUAAUACCAUCGUGGAUCAUUUUUACAGCUAUUGAUAAUUAUCAAAUUCCUCAAUAUACUUCCUUCAAGAUAAAAAAUAGUGAUCCAAUACCCAUCGUAUAUCGUAUACGAACGCGAGAACGCUCAUUUCCUCGUUUUUCUAAAUGUCAUGGAUAUUUGGAACCAAAUGAGGAAGAUGAAGUAUACAUAUUGAUACCUACCUCAGAUUUUUGGCCUCGUGAUCCCGCUGAAUAUGCUGGUCGUCGUCAUAAAGUGGUUGUCGAGAAUUUAACCGUUCCUAUGAAUACAUGUAAACCGAAGAAUAAAAAUGAAGCUAGUGCAACUUCAACGAUGAUAUUCAAAGCAACACCACCAUUGACACGAAUGUAUACCAAGCUUAAUAUAUUAUUGCCGAAAAUAGUAGAUAAUAAUAGUUCGGAAACAAGUACCGAAACAUAA